AUGGUCACGCGGAAAAUCAAAUUUGACUUGGAAACCUUUGUACGGAGCGCUCCUCAAUUCUCCUACAUAGCCGGCAGGUCGACUGAAGACGCGCUUCGCCGCGUCUUCAGUCACUGCGCCGAAGGUCGUCGCCUGCGAACAUCCCAUGCACGCAACCCUCACCAACGGUUCGCGGGUCUCAAGAUCCCCGCCUUUCAAGGCGGCGUCCAGAUCUGCUUGGACCUUGCGUCCGCAUUUGAUAUGGUACCCCACUCUCUGGUCCGCGAAGCCCUCCUUGAAGCUGGGGUUGAGGCGGGGCCCGCCUCCCUCCUCCUUUCAUGGCUUAGCUCUUGCUCAUAUGAUCUCCACCUUUCGGGUCUCCGCGCCAAUAUAGUGGCCAGGCGCGGCGUAAAGCAGGGCUGCCCUGCAUCGCCCUUGUUAUUCGCUGCCUGUACCGUUCUCCUUGCCCGUCGUAUCGACCUUCGAUUAGGAUCGUCGUGGGUGUCUGAACACUUAACCAUGUUUGCAGACGAUCUACACCUCGCUUCGCUAUUCCACUCGGUUGCGGAAUUUGAUCUGGAGUGCCAGCGCUUGGGGGCUGCGAUCACUGUUCUGCGUCAACAUGGGCUGAUCAUUCACCCCUCGAAAGCCCAGGCCCUUUUGACGUGCACCGGCUCACAGGUCAAGCAAACCCGACAACGCUUUGUGAAGCCCCUGACCGUGCCUGCCGAAGGAAAGGGUCUGCGCCUCCGUGCCUCUGGUGAGGAUGUUCUCAUACCCCUCGCGCGUAGCGCGGAUUACCUCGGAGCUGUAAUCUCGUACGAUUGCUUUUCUGCGCAGACCUUGGACAAGCGUAUGGCCCAGGGCCGGACUGCACAAGUUCAGCUGCGCAAGGUGCUCAACGCCCGAAAGGGUCUGCUUCUCACCCAGCGUGUCCUCCUCUGGCGCACCACUGUGUGGCCCUGCCUUCUCUACGGCCUGGGGGCCUGCGGUCUUACGACCGCUCACCUCGCCUCCCUUCAAACACUAGCCCUCAAGCAGCUUCGGGCCCUCUCGAACAGCCCUGCACACAUACACCAUGAGUCGGACGCCGCCCUCUGCCUCCGUCUUGGUGUGCCCAUGCCCCGCGAAGCCCUUCGGCGCUUGCAUGAUCGUAUGCUAGGAUCUAUCACUGCCUGCAACCCUGCUGCCUCUCACCGCACUUCCCCGUUCGGACCGUCCGAGUCCACCCUGGAUGCGCCUGAGCCAAGCGAGCCCCUUGCGGGCUCUGCUCUGGUCGCACCGUUCGCUGCCAUACCGACGGAUCCUCCCGUGGCCAGGGCCUUCCCGUGCGGCCUCUGUGACCGCUCGUUUGAUACGCGCAAAUCUCUGAAGCUGCAUAUGGCGCGGUCGCACCAACAGCAGACGGCCACUGUUGUCUUCAAUCGUGCUCUGCAUGCGGCACCAGCCCCACUUUUGACCGACCAGACUGCUGCUGCUGUCAUCUCCCCUGUCCAUGACGCCUCGGCUCCGCUGGCUGCCGAGGUUGUGAGACAACUGGAAAAAGGUGGUGCCGCAGGCUUGGCGCAGCGUUCAGUCCUUGCCUGUACUGCAACGAAUCGCGCACUCACCCUGUUCAGCACAUUCGGCACUGCACCGCCCUUUGGCAGGCUCUUCUUCUUGCUCUGCAUCAUGGGUCUCAGCUCGGAACAGGCCGAUCAGCAGAUGGAGGAGGCCUUCGGACCGAUCCUGAAGUCGUUGCAGUACAAGAGGCCUGCAGCUCCGGAUACCGGAGCCCCCUCGCGCGAUCCCAAAGCGGCGAAGGGCAAGGACGGCAAGGGUCGUGGACAGAAGUCCGAUCCCAAGGGCAAGGGCAAAGGCCGGGGCCGCUCCAUUCUGGGGCUCCAGCGCUGGUUUCGGCUGGCAACAAGCGGAGGAGGAGGCCGUCCCAGAUCUGCAGAUGUGUCGCCUACCAUCGUGGAGCAAGCGGAUACGAUUGCCGUCCUGCGCCAGUCGACCGCGUGGGUGAUGUGGAUGCAGACCUCGCCUCCCUCCUUGGUCCCGACUCUUACGUCGACGGCUGCUCUUUGGAAGGAGAAGGUCAACGACGAGACUUCCGAGCUCUACGGUCUCGGCCUCCGAGUGGCGCUCAUUUGGGCUCUCCUUCGGGUCCUGCGUUCGACCCUGGAGUCCCCCCCAGCAGAGCUGCUGUCGGAGGCGCGCGAGCGGAAGUGGAUCGAUCAGCAGGGCAACUGGCUCUAUCUCCGUUGGAAUCGUGCCAACCAGGCUCUCGAGCCGGACGAGAACAAGCAGUCGAUGAAUCAGACGGAUCUCAUCACGCUUCUGCGUCAGACCGGCACUCUGGCCGAUGGGGAGACGGUCAGCCGGUUCGCUGCAACGCGGCAGCUGGCGGAAUCCAUGGAGGGGGUGGUAACCUUCAAGGUGGACAUUCAGUUCCGAUCCUCGCGGGCUCAUCAGCUUUACACCAACCUGGAGCGCCUCGCUGGCCUGGCGCCGCUGAACAUGCUCGGUCUCUCCUUUCGCAAGGAAAGCUACAAGCGAUCGAAUGGGAUCCAGAAGCUUGCAGAAUGGUGGCUUUGUUGGGCCUUCGUGGGCUUCCAUGGGUCUCUACUGACGAGAUGGACGAAUCCCUCGGAUCAGCACGACUGCGCAGAGCUCUUAGCCCAUCUGGCCGAGCGGUCCGAUCAGGCUUAUCUCUUCUGGGCAGUCCUGGAGCCUGCAGCGCUCAAUGAUGAAGUGCGGCUGACAUCUGGCUGUCAGCCUCCGCCCACCUUGGUGGGGGACGCCCAUCCUGGCUCGCAUCGGCAGCUGCUCGAUGUGAGUGCAGACCGGCAGGGUUUGACCGAUCACAGCACGGAGUGUGUGGCGACACGGGACAGCGAGGUUGAGGAUGAUGCUGGCACAUCGGUGGCACGACCGCUUACGCCGGACACUGCGCUGGUGGAACCUCACGGCGAUUCCAUCUCCUCAGACCCUUCUGCGAUGCCUGCCUCGUCCUCCACUUCCCACUCUGCGCACUCUACAUCUGCUCCGGGCAGUUGGUGCGACGUUUGGAAUAUAGACGAUGACGAGGUCUCGCAUGAACUGUGCUUCGACUUCGGGGACUGCCCACCUGAUCCAGGGGCAGAUGCUUCAGCGCUGGAGCGGAUUGCCUACGACAUCUGUCAAGCGGAUAGCUGCUCCAUGCGCCAGCUGUUUGAUCUCUGUCUUGUACUGCCAGGACAAACUUCUGCCAAGCGUCGUCGUCUGAGCACUUCGGAUGGCGCCACGGGGCGAUGCCAGCGCUCUUUUUCAGUUGGAGCGUAUGCGGCGGGUGGCACGCAGGGUAUUCAGAAUAACACGCGUGAUUAUCCGUGGAUGACUCGCUUGAUGACAGCCUUAAUCAAUGGUGCCAACCCGCGUCACCAUUACAGCAGCUGCACACUUCUGAUGAAUGUUAUGCGUAACAAACAUCGUGAUCUGGCGAAUGAAGUCGGCACAUCUAACCUCCUGUUGCCCUGCAGCCGUUGGCGGGGGGGACAGGUUUGGGUCGCCGAUGAACAAGGAUCUGUUCACUUGGAUGGGCGCUCAGGCGCCGGAUGCCUGCGUUCGGUGCAGCUUCCGUACUUGAUGCUGGACCCACGGCUGGCGCAUGCCACGUUUCCAUGGUCUUGCGGUGACCGCAUCUUGAUUGUCGCGCAUCACGCUAAGGGCUUGCAAGCUCUGACGCCGGCGGAUCGCGCAUUACUUGAAUGGGCCGGCUUCCAUUGCCUCAUCCCUGGGUGA